AUGCCAGACUUCAUUUUCCAAGCCCAUGCGAAAUCGAAAUCCACUUUGCACUUAGAUACAAAGGCCGCCACGGCGUGUGGGGGUGCUGCCGAUGAACUCACAGCAGUGGUUCUGGGCCAGUUCAGAAAGGGCUCUGAUUCUACUCUCCAGGGCGACGAUAACAAGUUUUUGGUCAGUCUGCCUCCUUUGGGCGAGACUCCAGAUUCGCCUUUAAGAGAACCGGCUUCUCCAACUUCGGUUUCCUCCACAGAAACGCAGGUGCCUGCUGUAUCGUCAUUGGACGCUUUCCACGAGUCGUUGCAAAAAACCGAAAGCGGGAUAUUUCUCAUCAGGUCGCCUGCUGAACUCAAAACGUUGCUUGAUUUCUUUUACGGCGGCUCCAACGCGUUGGCGCCAUCCACAACGACAUUCCCUUAUUUGCAUGGAAUGAGCCAGAUCAAGCAGAGAGUGUACUUCCACGAGAACUUCAACGCUGCAACCGACCUAGGCUUGCUCAAUAACCCACCAGAAGACAUUCCCGAGGUAUUUCCUCACGACCUCUCUGUUGAAAAACCUCAAAUCCCAUUCAACCUCAUGACGGUCCACUCCACAGAAACAGACAAACCCCGGCUCGUCAACACCAUCACACUCGACGAUAUAAUGACCUUCAAGGAGGAGGAUGGCACCGAUUAUGAGUUCUCUCUGCUCCAGAAACUAGACGACUUUUACCAGCUUGAAAACCCUCCAUCCGAAACACAAGAGCUUCUCAACAGAAACUACCACUUGCAAUCUCGACUCAUGGCUCCAAUGUCACAUUUUCUUGUGUACAACAGCCAAAUGAGCAGCUCGGCGAAUUACCAUGUCGCUAAGGUGAUUUCAGGCAUCAAGCUGGAGGACCAGAAUGUGUAUAUCGCUGAAUUUCCAGUCAACGAGUGGCCUCAAUGCUCCCCUUACUUGGAGAAAGAAGUCACAUACUCGAUUGGGGGCCAUUCUUCUGUGUUCUACCACGAACCUUACCAGAAGAAAUUGCAGGUUAUGGAGCAGCAGCUCAUGUGGCAGCUCAACGGCCUUAAGGAGUUGUUUCCACGUUUCUACAUCGGCAAUGUGUUCAACUUCAAACAUCUUGUGGCCUCCAGAGAACAGAACUUCAAAUUGCAUAUCCACUGUCACGAGAACGCCAAGCUCCCGUCUUUGGAGGCUCUUCGUCAAAUCAGCCAGUCUUUGCAAGACGGAAGGUCACACGAGACUUAUUUUCUCGAGUUCCCAGACUCCAUUGCAAAGCAUACCGACGAGCUCUCUCCAAAAGAAAUUAUCAGCUAUGUCAACGUGCUCAAGCUCAUCCACAGCAUAGUCCUCAAACGCAAGGGCAAGAUGUUUGUGUACUCGUUUGACGGGUUCACUUGUCUAUCUCUUUUGGUUCUCAGUUUGUCGAUGCUAUGGACAUCCGACUCUGUUGAAGAAGCAGCACUCAACAUUUUCCGCAAACCAGCAUUCAAAUUGUACCUCUACCGUGAGGAUUUCACAUUUCUAAAGCAGUUCGAGCCUUACAUACUUUGGCUCAGGCAGAACGGCCUCAAAAACUCCCACUUGCAACUCACCUUGCCUGUGCGGGACAUAUUGCAGAUACCCAGAAGAAAACCUAGCCCCAUCGACUGGUUCGAGGAAGGCAAGGAUAUGAAUUUCCCAGCAUACAUUCACGACACACUAUUCCUCGGCUCGGCGGCCCACAGCUCGUCUGUAACCGUCUUGGCGACCCUCGGCAUCAACAGAUUGAUUUCCAUAGACAAGCUUCCCAUCUGGUUCCACCUCUUGGGAUGCAAAUUCGAGCAUGAGGCAGGGCCCUUUGACAAAAACGUCAUCAAGCCAAUUUUCCUGUUCAACAACGAUAAAGCCAAGGUCUAUGAAGUGGCUGUUCCCGAACGGGUGCGAGACUUGCUCCAGUUUCAGGUCCGCUCCAUCGUGUACAUCUACAACGUUCGGGACGACGGGAAGGACCUGAUGUUGCCCUUGCUCUUGGAGUGUCCAGACCACGUCCAGCGCAAGCUUUUGGUGGAUCCAGAUGACAAGUCCUCCAGAACACUAUUGCAUUGCCGGGUUGGCGUCUCGAGAUCAGCGUCGUUGGCCAUCGCCGCCAUCAUGAAGUACUUCCACAUGGACGUUUUGGAGAGCUAUUUGUACGUGCGUGUGAGGCGGUUCAACGUCGUGAUCCAGCCCAAUCUCCGUCUCUUCUAUGAGCUCUUUUUGUUUGACGAGAUGUUGCAGCGCAAAAAUAACCCUGAUUACAGACGCAAGUACUGCUGGUGGGUCGUUUGCGACCAGAUUGCACGGCUCAACCAGAGCUACAUUCGGUAG